UAAAGGUGGUCCCUAGACGCCUCCCAGAGGUGUCUGUACCUUUACCUGGCCUCAGAUUGCUCUGUCAGCCCCCCUUCAUGGUACGGCUUGCUUGUACCGCUGCUGCUGCUGCUGCCGCUGCCUCUGUUGCUGGGACGCAAACACCGACGAGCUGCACAUACUAGCACACACACCAGAUACACAGAGACAGAAGGAGAAACAGGCUGCCAGGGAAGGCAGGCAGGCAGGGAGACAGGCAGGCAGGCAGGGAGGCAGACAGACGGUCAGGCGGAGGGAAACGCACACCACCAUGGGCUGCUUUAAUAGAGGGCUGAUAGCCGGAGCCGUGAUUGGGGCACUGCUAGCCGUUCUGGGAGGCAUCCUCAUCCCGGUGGGGAACAGCAUCAUUGAGGGGACGGUGAAGAAGGAAGCCGUCAUCGAGGAAGGAACGACAGCUUAUGACAACUGGGUGGCCACGGGGGCAUUGGUAUACAGGCAGUUCUGGUUCUUCGACGUGACCAACCCAGUGGAGAUUGUGGAGAAAGGCUCAACUCCAGUGGUUGUGCAAAGAGGACCUUACACAUAUAAGACAAGAUAUCUUCCCAAAGAGAACGUCACAUUCAGUAACCUCACCGUCACCUUCCUGCUGCCCCAGGGCGCCAUCUUUGAGCCCUCCAUGUCCGUGGGACCAGAGGAGGACACCGUCACCGUCCUCAACCUGGUUGUGGCUGGAACUUAUUCACUCGUGCCGUCAUUCAUGCACGGCUUGGUGGAGAGAUUGAUACAGAGCACCAACUCCUCGUUGUUUCAACGCCGUUCAGUCAAAGAGCUGCUGUGGGGUUACUAUGACCCUAUACUGAAAAACACCACGGGCCUAUUUUCACCUUACAACGGCACCUAUGACGGCCCCUACACUGUCUUCACUGGGAAGGACGACAUCGCUAAAGUGGGAAAGAUCUUAAGUUGGCGCGGAGAGGAGACUUUAUCGUUCUGGGAUGACAAGUACUGCAACAUGAUCAACGGAACAGAUGCGUCCUCGUUCGCUCCCUUCUUGGAUAAGAAGAAGCCUCUCUAUUUCUUCUCAUCAGACAUCUGCAGGUCUGUGUCAGCCAGUUAUGAGGAGAGCCUGGAUCUGAAAGGGAUCAAGGUGUACCGCUACACCCUGCAGCCAAACACCCUGGCCGCCCCCAACGUCAACCCAGACAACCGCUGUUACUGCAGGGAUACGAAGGUCACCAAGAACUGCACCAUGGCCGGGGUACUGGACAUCAGCUCCUGUCAAGAAAAUAAACCGAUCUACAUCUCCCUGCCCCACUUUCUCUUCGGCAGUCCGUCCCUGCGAGAGUCCGUGCUGGGCCUCUCUCCUGACCCAGAGCAACACGACACCUUCAUGGACGUGGAACCUAUCACGGGGUUCACCUUGAGAUUUGCCAAGAGAAUUCAAGUGAAUAUGAUGUACGGACCGUCGAAGGUCAUCACGGUGCUGAAGAACGUCAAGGAUUACACCAUAUUCCCUAUUGUCUGGCUGAAUGAGACGGCUGCGUUGGACGAUGAAACGGCGGACAUGUUUAAGCAGGAGCUCAUCUCCCGCAUGGAGAUGUUGGAGAUGCUACAGCUGUUGCUGCUGGGCAUCGGCGUGUCUAUGUUCCUCCUGUGUUUCACCAUUUACUGUGUGGUGAGGAGCAGACGCAGCUCCGGAAAGAUCGCAUGAAUGAAAGCAUAGCACAGUGCGUUAAAGCUGCUAAAGGACAUCAAGCCUUUUGAUAUAGACUUGCACUUUUUUGAAAUUUCAGUGUUAUUUAUAAUGUCGUACCUCCAUUGGUGAAAAAGGGGGGAUACUGUGAUUUUUUGCAAGAAGCUCAAGAGCUGAAUUCCUUUGCCAAGUAUUUGUUUUGAUUGCAAACACUGUAACAAAUAACACAAUCAGGGAUUUCUCGCGUGACAGCAGAUGGAACCGUCAGGUUAUCAAUCCACACAGAGGAGAAAUGAGUUUGCUUGAUAUCCUGCGGAAAUAUGAAAUGUACGCGAAUCCAAUCUCAUGAAAAUGUUCAUGUCUUUUGCUCAACUAGUGUCUAUAAAAUUAAUAAAAGCUGGAAAAGAUUUUGUUUUUGUCGGGUGUCCAGAACCGAUCUACGGCAGAGACGUUCCUGCUGCUGGGACAAACAUUUGCAUUGUGCGCGCUGAAGAGAAACUGAUUUGGUUUCCUCUUUACCUUGAGUGGACCAUAAAUCAAAAGCAGUUUUUAAAACGGACCGGGGGAUGAUUAUACUGUGGUUAUGAAUGGCACUUGGGUUUGUUUUGUGAGAAAGCAGUGUUGCUGCCCACCGGGAAGCCCCUCUUCGAUUUUAUGGGUUUUAAAUGACCCUCGAUCUUCAGCCUCCUGGGUGUGUUUGAUUUUACUGUUCGGUCUGAAUCUGACAUGUCACACGUAUACGAGGAUGUUUCUCCGGGAUUAAAACAGCCAGGGAUUUACACCCCGUCCUUACGGCCUUGUGGUAUCUCAGGUGCUGUACACUGAGAUUUAGGACUAAUCAAUCUGGUUUGAAAAGCUGGAGCUUUCCUGUAAUAUCCAACCUGUGGAUCAUCCACAUGACAAAUAUCUCACUCUAUGUUCUAAAACUUUAGCCAUUAGCAUGCUACCUUAAGGUUUAGCUAAUUACAUAAAAAACAAAAUUACAUGGUUAGCUGUAGCUAAAAACUACUUGGUUAGGUUCAGAUAAUUAAACAGCUCUCUUAAGAUUAGGAAAAGAUCAGGCUUUGUACUUGUGUAGAUUUUUUUCUGUUAAUUACAUGAAAUGUGUUGUUUUGGACUGUUUCCAUGUCACUCUCUGGUCUUUCUACCAAGCUAAGCUAACCAGCUGUUGGCUACCGCUUCAUAUUUACCCCACAGACGUGAGAGUAAUAUUGAUCUUCUCAUUUAACUCUCAGCAAAUAAGCUUAUUUUCCCAAACAGUGUGGCUGUUCCUUCAAACAGCAGCAUGGUAUUAACACACCGUGAAAUCUAUGAAACAGAAAAAGGGGGGAUGAUGUAUUGGUUAAUAAAAGAAAGUGAAAGUCCACAUUUUGAGAAAUUAAACUAAUAAAAAUGUCUGACAACAAAAUGCAUGGUCCUUCUGUAAAACUGGGAUUCAUCGGGACAGAUUUAUUCAGGCUAUCAUGACAUUAAUAAAUAGAAAUACACGUUUCAUAACACUGAAAUUACACUGGGUUGAAGCUGACAUGAUGCUGGUCACACAGUUUUAUUAAACGUGUAGCAGAGAUCUGUAUGAGGGAAGGUACCGCUCGGAAAAGUCUUUUUUUUUUUUUCCUCAAAAAAAUGAAAAUAAUACUGUAUGUCUCUGCAAUUUGCAGAUACAGUCAUACUUGGUGAAAUAUGUUAUGAUAUGAAAUUAUGUACACGAUGGGAAAAAAAAACACAUUGCCACGACGAUCGGCACAACUUUAAAUUAACG